GAUCGGUUUUUCAAGGCCUUGAAUGGGACUAUAUACAAUCGAUGCUGGCAUCUGUCUGCACUGCUGAAGGAAGUCAGCACCCGAGAUGCUUCCGAGAUCUUCCCCCACAUCAUGGAGGAGAUCUUCGGCACUACCAGCGGCCAGGGAUGGAAUCUCCAGAAAUGGUCCCCCCGCAUUCAGUUAGAAGAUUGGCAGGGCGUCACUUGGCUCUUGUCUCCGGGUGGUGAUGUCAUGCACCUCGUUUACAAACUCAUGAGUGAUCCCUCGCUCAAAUUUAAAGUGCCAGUUCAUCUGCUCCCAAAAUCCUCCUAUGAAAUGUUGCAAAGAGGAGGAAUGAAUGCUUUCUAUGCUGACAAAAUCCAUCAUUUAGAAAAUGGAAACAUGGAACUUCUUCUGAAUCCUUUUGACUUCUUCAUCUUCCACCUGGUUUAUGCUUUGGUGAAUCCAAGCAAAAGGCAAGAGAGCUGUAUGAACCCUUUGAAUACUGUUCAAUCUGCAUAUGAAGCGCUCAUUGAGGAAUACCUGGCCUACUUCUUUCCCUGUGAUGGAUCUUCACCUUCUGUGCCGUCCACUGGAAUCUCGCCACCAUCACGCUUUGAUUCAGUGCAAAAGUCACCUGCAGCUUCUGCUUUUAAUAGAGUGCUGGUGAAGCGAAUCCUUUACUUCUACAACUCUGCUCAUCCAGCCAGCCUUCAUCCCUGGGAUGAAUUCAAGAGAAAUGCUCUGGUCCGGCUGCAAAGACCCUUGUAUCCUUUCCUGAAGACCCUCUUUGAUCGGUGGCCCCUGGAUGCAUCUUUUCGUCUCCUCCUGGAAACAUGGCUUUCCUACAUUCAACCAUGGAGAUAUACUGAUCCAGCUGUUGCUGCUGGCCUCAGGGAGAAUCAGGCUCAGGAGGGAAGCCGGAUGGUAGAUCGACAUUGGAAGAAGUGGAUCGGAGAGAACUUGCUCUUCUACUCUGUCAUCUUCCAGGCUUGCCUUCCCCGAUUCUUGCGGAUGGAUCUCCUCUCGGCACGCAAUGCCGUCCUCUUAUAUCGCUUCACCAAGAUAUUUGCCCUGGAGAACCUUGCACCAAUAAUUCAAGAAUUGGAGCAAGAACUAAUGGGCCAGGGAGAAAUGUCACAUGGAUCCAGUCAUCAUGCAGUGGCCUUGAGGCAGCAUAUCCUUGUUCUAGAGGGACCUGGUUAUCAUUACAAGCAUUUGUUCUGUGAUCAAGUCUACCAGCAGAUCAAGGAGUUGAUGGGAGAAGUUCAAGCAGCUAGCAAUACUCUCAAGGCACGAAUCCAAGUGGCAUCUGCAACACAGGGCCAUCUUGCAAGUCUUUCUACCAUUCAGUCUUUGGUCAAGUCUGUUCGCUUUCUGUUGUCUGGGGAGAUGCGUCCCCUACCCGAAGAAUCUGCCCAGGAGUUGACCAAACAUCAAGGCCACAUAUCAGCUGCUAUGCUCUACCUCUCAAACAUCUUCCAGCUUGAAGUGCCUCAAGAUAUCACAAGAGUGAAGCCACACCUAUCAUAUGAAGAGUCGUUUCUCACACCACCACCAUCUCCUCCAUCUCCAUCGACCACUCCGGUGUCCAUCGUGGGAAGAGGGGGUACGAGCUUGACAUCCCAAGAGAGGGAAGAAAUACUGAGGGGUUGGCGGAAGAGCCUGGUGGUCUAUGGUGGAGAUCCCGAUCUUGCGCCGAUUUGUUCAUACGAGAUCGCUUGGCUCGUCCGCAUCCUUUAUCACAUUGCUCAGUACUUCAAUCGAAAUUAUUCUGCUUUGAUGGAAGAUCUCUAUCACCAAGAUUCUUAUUGGGGUGCAGUCUCUCGAGAGAUUCUCCAGUCUCCCAUGGAUUGCAGGGAAACUAAGAAACUGGACGUGGGAAAGUGGAACGAGAAGACGAUACGUCUCCCGCCCAGACUGUCACUUCGGGCCUUUGCCACCCGGCAGCAGUUUGCGUUUCUUGCCUUUUUGUUCCUUCUUGGGUGGUAUGCCUUUUCUCUGGACCCGGUAACCGUCGGCCUUCUCGUCUUCACGGCGGUGAUGGCGUAUUUCAUGACGAGAGCCGCCUUCGUCACGGCAAAAGGGCGACUGAUGGGCCGACCUCAGAAUCAAAGUGGCAUGCACCAUGAACCAGAGAUGGCAGCUGGCAGUCCGCUGUUGCCCGGUUCCCGAAGGGAUUGAUUCUACCCCUGCCAGUUCCUCCCCUUACUGUGCCAAAGAAGUGGUGUCAUGUGAAGGGUGACCAUUCCUCCAUUGACUUUGGAUUGUGAAAGUCUUUUUGUGAUCAAAUAAUUAACAUUUCAUGUUUUCAUUCAUUUCACGUG